AUGAAAUAAGAGGAUGUAUAUUUUAACAUUUGCUAUUACGGUGCUACCUUCUUCUUUUUUUCCCUCUUUGCAUUGAUAGUGCUUAUGAAACUAGACUUUAAAGUUGAUAGAUCAGCAAAAGUAGUAAUAUUUGCAUUUAUGCUAAGUUUGGGGGCUAAAGUGGGUGGCUGGUUUAUAUUUUUCUUUACAAAUGACGAAUCGUAGGAGGUUAAUGGGUGGUUUGACAUUUUUGACAUGAAUACUAUGUAGUUAAUAGUACUGACUAUUUACUACUUCAUCUUUGAAAUGAACUCAGUUUACAUCAAAUUUAUAAGAGAGCAUCCAGCUAAAAAUAAGCGGAGAUUAUUAAUGAAUAAAAGGAUAAAAGUGAUAUUUUUGAGUGUUUCGAUAAUAUUGCAGCUAAUUUUAGACAUCCUAAUAUAUCCAAAACUGGUUGAUCCAGACUAUUAAGAUGAUUCAGACUCUCCUAAGACUGUUGUAGUUUGGAUCAUUAAAAUCGUCUAACUAAUUCAAGAUAUCAUGAUGCUUUCCUUAUUUAUAUACUUGUACAUUUUCUUUACCUCUCAAAGAAUGUUAGCAUACAAAGCAGAAAGAAAAGGCAUAGGUUGCUACAAUAAAAUUUGGAUAAUGUGGAUUUGCUUCUUAAUUUUAAUAGAAAUAUUGAACUUAAUCUUGAGGGAUAUAAUAUCGCCUCUAAUGCUCUACAACGGUAAUGCUAGCUAAGAUCAAUCUGAUUUUUUAAAGUUUUAUGCAAGAUACAGAUUCAUAUGGUUUUCUCUAGCAGAUUUCAUAGUGGGAUCUACUAUUGUCUACAUGUUUUACAAGUAAGGUAUGCUUAGUAAGAAAAUUUAAGAAUCGCUAAUAUAAGAAGAGCUUAAGAUGCUUUUUUAUGAGCAGCAAAAUAAAUCACAUCUCAACUAGUAUUCAUGGAAAUCAAAAAUGGAAACUGGUGGACGCAAGGAGAGCUCUCUUUCUGACUUUCAAUUAAUGCCUAAAGUCGAAAUAUAUGAUCUAAAUGACAGAGCUGAAUCAGCUGUGUCAGUAGACAAGUACUCAGCAUUUUUGACGAACAACUCUUACCGAGAUAUCUUUGAAGAAACUUAGUUCAAGUACUUUUUAAUGACUCAAUUCACUGGAAAGACAUAGACGCAAUCAUUGCUUUUGUAGAAAAAUUAAAUUGUGUUCUUUAGUCAUGACCGUAAUAAAAGAGGACCAAUGUCAAUCGCCUCAGAUUAAUUCUGA